GCCCACCCUUUAUCCAGAUGCUUAUUCUCUUCUGUAUCAUUCGGUUAGCUUGCUGGCUAUGUGAUUUGAGUCUGAUACGUGCCUCUGUGCACGGAGACGGCCUACAGUUGGGAUGACAUUGUAAAUGGGCAGCAGAUACAUUUCAGGAAAGGAUAACGACUGUUGUCGGCAGGCACAGCUCAUCAAAACUACUUAACAUCAAUAACAAAAUGCGGCGACGAGUGACCGCAAGAGCCAUCGAGAUGCUGGGUUGUGGUACAGUCGCCAACCCAGCAAUGUCCAGGCAAUUACUUGUUAGAACAAUAAAUAUCAAUCCACCUACUGUGGGGAAUGGAGCAAAUGAAAGAUUCCGAUCCACGUCUUCAAUGCAAGGAUAUACGGAGCUAGCUAGGGAAAGGUCCAAAACCGUUACUUCGUUUUACAACCAGUCUGCCAUCGACAUUUCAGCUGAAAAGGCUUCUGUCAGACUUACUCCAACCACCUUGCUGUAUGCUGGAAAAUCUCCAGAUGGACAUCAUGUCCUGAGUAGUGCCAAGUACCUGCAGAAAGAAUUGCCUGUGCGCAUUGCACACCGCAUCAAGGGAUUCCGCAGCCUUCCCUUCAUUAUUGGCUGCAACCCCACCAUUUUGCAAGUGCAUGAACUAUACAUCCGGGCGUACCAUGUACUGAGUGACUUUCCACUGAUCAAGGACCAAGAGACAGAGGCUCGUUACAGUAAACUUGUGCAGCAGCUGCUUGACGACCACAAAGAUGUGGUCACCAUGCUGGCCGAGGGCUUCAGGGAGUGCCGUAAGCACAUCCAGGAUGAGAACCUGGUCCGUAAUUUCUUAGACACCACUCUGACCUCUCGCCUGGGGAUCCGUAUGUUGGCCACGCACCACCUCGCCCUGCAUGAGGAUAACCCUGAUUUUGUGGGGAUCAUCUGUCGACGACUGUCCCCCAAAAAGAUAAUUGAGAAGUGGGUGGAUUUUGCCCGACGCCUCUGUGAGCACCAGUAUGGCAACUCCCCACGUGUCCGCAUCAACGGCCAUGUGGCGGCCCGCUUCCCAUUCAUCCCCAUGCCCCUCGACUACAUCCUGCCGGAGCUCCUGAAGAAUUCCAUGAGAGCCACCAUGGAGAGCCACCUGGACACACCAUACAAUGUGCCUGAUGUUGUGAUCACCAUUGCUAACAAUGAGACCGACUUUGUCAUCAGGAUAUCUGACCGUGGCGGCGGCAUCCCUCACACUAUCCUGGAGAAGGUGAUGGACUACCACUUCAGUACCGCAGAGGACAGUGCUCAGGACCCUCGCAUGAGCAACCUCUUCAACAACAUCACCAACAGCGGGCCUCAGUCGGGUCCCAUGCAUGGCUUUGGCUUCGGUCUCCCUACCUCCCGCGCCUACGCCGAGUACCUGGGGGGCUCCCUCUCCAUCCAGUCCAUGCAGGGCAUCGGCACAGACGUCUACUUGCGCCUGCGCCACAUCGACGGCAAAGGAGAGAGCUUCAGAGUCUGAGAGGAGGGCGUCUGCCCCCUACGGUCGAACAGGGCUGGUUACAGCAGUUUGCUUGAAAGGGUUGGAGCUCGGCCACGUCAGACUCGUGUCUGCACACUUCACCCCAUCUUAACGCCCUGAGUGGUUUCAGCGUGGCCCAAAGCCUUUGCCCCCCUGCCUCUGGGUCACCUUGCUCUUUAUCCAUUCUUUUGUUGUUGUUGUUUGUUUUGAUUUCGGUAUCUCAAUAACGUGUCUCUGCCACAGCAUGCAAAGCAUUUUCUUGAGGUGGGAGGGACAAGAAAAGUGUUCUAUAAUACUCUCGUUCACUGUAUUUUUAAACUGAAAAAAACAAAACUAAACAAAAACAGCCUUCAGCCUUAACGGGGGGGCUCCUCACACUCCAGAGGCUGUGAAACACCGCUUGCCUGGACUUCAGCAAGCGAUGAGUUGCCUUAGGAUUACGACAGAUCUCAUGAACUUUUUCAAUCGCCUGGGCUGCUGUAUAACCUCUCCCAUGUCAAACUGAUGACCUCCCUUCUCCGCCAUAUAAAUGUGUGUACCUUUAUGAGAACAGCUGGCAAAUAGGAAAGCCUCAUGCACUGUAACUAAUGCUUGACUCGAUGCCUAACCUGCGUAGGAUUUGUCAUGAAAAGGAUCUGUGUAGCAUUGUUUCUUUUUUUUUAUGUAGUCAUUUUUCAUGUUUUGUGACCGUUUCUCCAGACAACUAGGAUCAAGAGUGUCAAUAUUUAAAUUAUGAUUUUCUAAGUCGUCAGUAAGCUUGGGUUUUGUGGGUAUGAAAAGGUCACAUUCCAGAAAGGGCAAUUCAUUAUUAAUUUAGGAGAUGGGCUUCUUUGAAAAUGCUCUAAUGAUCAGAGUCAUCAGAAGUGCAUGAAGCUCUCCUAUGUCUGGGGUUUUACUCUUUCAUUUUUGUUUUUCACCCUGAUAAUUGUGCCCUUGUAGUUGCAUUAAAACGGCCACAGGGACCUUUCAUUUGUGUCAGUAAGCUUUUAUGUGCCUCUGAUUUUGUUUAUUUUUAAGGAAGGUCAUACAUUAUCAAUGUAAUGGUGAUUACACCAUUUUUUGUUUGUUAUUUCGGUUGGUUGCAUGGACUGCAUGUAGUCAACAAGUGGUGGUUUGUUACACAAGUUUGCCCCCUGCUGGCCAAACUUGCGGAAAAUAAUGCCCAGAUUGAUUCUUUUGUUGACGGGCAUGGCCUGUCUGUACGCGGUAGUUUUAAGUAACCGUUUCAGUGGUCAUGGCAAAGGAAUAUAAUCUUGUAAACGUAAGUUUAUUCUUUAAUACAUGGCCAAGUAAGUGGCGUGCGCUUGGUAAAUGAUGUAGCAGGGAACAUUGGAUUUUGUUGAGUGCUUUUCUAUAGCGGCCGUGUCCAUUGUUUUGGGCAUUAUUAAACUCUGAAUGACAGCAA